GACAGGGGCGAUGAGAGUGUUUGAGCACAACAGGAAAAUAUGAGCGGACUGUAAAUCGGAGAGGGACGGUUCUCCUGUCGGCCAGCGCCCAUGGCCCGCUCUCAGGACCUCCACACCCCGGCGAGGAGCUCCUAAAGCCGCCGCCAGAGGCUUCUUCUUCCCCGCGGUUCAUCGCUGGUGAUCCGUUCACCUAUGAUGGAACGGGCGAUGGAGCAGCUAAACGUACAGCUCAGCCGGCUGACCCGCUCCCUCCGCCGGGCCAGAACCGUGGAACUCCCGGAAGAUAAUGAGACUGCAGUAUACACACUGAUGCCAAUGGUGAUGGCUGACCAGCACAGGUCGGUUUCAGAGCUUCUACUCAACUCCAAGUUUGAUGUGAACUACGCCUUCGGUCGGGUGAAGAGAAGUCUGCUGCACAUCGCUGCUAACUGUGGAUCUGUGGAGUGUCUGGUUCUCCUGCUGAAGAGAGGCGCUAACCCAAACUAUCAGGACAUCUCAGGCUGCACCCCUCUGCACCUCGCUGCCAGGAACGGACAGAAGAAGUGCAUGGGCAGACUGCUGGAAUAUAACGCUGACGUCAACAUCUGCAACAACGAGGGUCUGACUGCUAUCCACUGGCUGGCGGUGAACGGCCGGACGGAGCUCCUCCAUGAUCUGGUCCAGCACGUGACCAACGUGGACGUGGAGGACGCCAUGGGGCAGACGGCUCUGCAUGUCGCCUGUCAGAACGGACACAAAACAACGGUGUUGUGUCUUCUGGACAGCGGCGCCGACAUCAACCGGCCGAACGUCUCUGGAGCCACGCCCCUUUACUUUGCCUGCAGUCACGGUCAAAGAGACACGGCUCAGAUUCUGCUCUCUCGAGGAGCCAAAUACCUCGCCGACAAGAACGGCAUCACUCCUCUGGAUCUCUGCGUGCAGGGAGGAUACGGGGAGACCUGUGAGAUCCUGAUCCAGCAUCACAGCAGACUGUUCCAGAGUCUGAUCCAGAUGACGCAGAACGAUGACAUCAAAGAGAACAUGCUCAGACAGGUCUUCGAGCAUGUGUCUCAGCAGAGCGACGGUCACUAUCAGAGGAUCCUGACCAGUCUCGCUGAAGUCGCCACGACCAACGGACACAAACUGCUCAGCCUGUCCAGCAGUUUCGAGGCACAGAUGAAGAGUCUGCUGAGAAUCGUUCGCAUUUUCUGCCACGUGUUCCGCCUGGGGCCGUCGUCCCCGAGCAACGGCAACGACAUGGGCUACAACGGCAACAAGACGCCUCGCAGCCAGGUCUUUAAGAUGUGUGUGUCACAGAAGGAGGUUAAGAUGGUCCAAAAAGACGACUGUCCCUGGGCAGGUUCUGCCUUCCUAGAUCCGCUGGAGCUGCUGUGGCACUCCCUGGACGAGUGGCUGGUGCUCAUCUCCACAGAGCUGGACAGGAACAGGAAGAACCCGUCCUCCUCCUCCUCCAGCAGCGAGAUCGCCUCCCUGCUCCUCAAACAGCGGGAGGCCGACCCCUCGGCCUCGGCCUCGGCCUCGGCGCCGAAGCUCCCGUCCCUGCUGGACCCUCAGAUCGUCAUGGAAACAGAGGUGUACCCCGACGGGGAGGACGUGAUCUCCAUGACGGCCAAUCGUCUCAGUGCGGUGAUCCAGGCCUUCUACAUGUGCUGCUCCUGCCAGAUGCCACAAGGAAUGACGUCCCCUCGUUUCAUCGAGUUCGUCUGCAAUCACGACGAGGUGCUGAAGUGUUUUGUAACCAGGAAUCCAAAGAUCAUCUUUAACCACUUCCACUUCCUGCUGGAGUGUCCUGAGCUGAUGUCACGCUUCAUGCAUAUCAUAAAGGGACAGCCCUUCAAGGAUCGCUGUGAGUGGUUCUACGAGCAUCUGCUGGCCGGCCAGCCCGACUCCGACAUGGUUCACCGUCCGGUCAACGAGAACGACAUCCUGCUCAUCCACAGAGACUCUAUCUUCAGUAGCAGCUGUGAGAUGGUUUCAAAGUCCACCAACGAGAAGCUCAAACAGGGCAUCGCUGUCCGGUUCCACGGGGAGGAGGGCAUGGGUCAGGGUGUGGUGCGGGAGUGGUUCGACAUCCUGUCCAAUGAGAUCAUUAAUCCAGACUACGGACUGUUCACGCAGUCAGCUGACGGCACCACUUUCCAGCCCAACAGUAACUCGUCAGUGAACCCGGACCACCUGAACUACUUCAGGUUUGCGGGUCAGAUCCUGGGUCUGGCUCUGUAUCACAGACAGCUGGUCAACAUCUACUUCACCCGCUCCUUCUACAAACAUAUACUCGGUAUCCCAGUGAACUACCAGGACGUGGCGUCCAUCGAUCCGGAGUACGCCAAGAACCUGCAGUGGAUCCUGGACAACGACAUCAGCGACCUGGGCCUGGAGCUCACCUUCUCCGUGGAGACGGACGUGUUCGGAGCGAUGGCGGAAGUCCCGCUCAAACCCGGAGGAACGAGCAUCCUGGUAACCCAGGACAACAAGGCGGAGUACGUCCAGCUGGUGACGGAGCUCAGGAUGACUCGAGCCAUCCAGCCUCAGAUCAACGCCUUCCUGCAGGGUUUCCACACCUUCAUCCCCCCCUCGCUCAUCCAGCUCUUCGACGAGUAUGAACUGGAGCUCCUGCUGUCGGGGAUGCCAGAGAUCGAUGUGCAGGAUUGGUGCAGGAACACCGAGUACACCAGCGGCUACGACCGAGAGGAGCCGGUCAUCCAGUGGUUCUGGGAGGUGGUGAAGAGCCUGACUCAGGAGGAACGGGUCCUCAUGCUGCAGUUUGUCACUGGAAGUUCCAGGGUUCCUCACGGGGGCUUCGCUUUCCUGAUGGGGGGCAGCGGUUUACAGAAGUUCACAGUCGCCGCCGUGCCGUUCUCCUCCAACCUGCUGCCUACCUCCAGCACCUGCAUCAACAUGCUGAAACUCCCAGAGUACCCGAGCCAGGAGGUCCUCAGAGACCGGCUGCUGGUGGCGCUGCAUUGUGGGAGCUACGGGUACACCAUGGCGUGAUGGUCGCCAUCCACUUCCUGCUGCACACACUGUUUCUCUGCUGCUGCUUCUGCUGGACGAAGAAGGGAAAUCCAGGUUCUUCUUUUUACGAGCUGCUGGAUGGAGAGGGACAACAGACUGAACGAGACCAGGACCUGGAUCUCACCUCGUACCUGUGCCAAAACUUCUGUUUGAUUGAUUGAAGUUGGUAUCUGGUAAUUUAUGCAAAAAAAAAAAAAAAAAAAAAAGUUUUCAUGCAUUUAAUUAUUACAAAUCAGCAUUUAUAGCAUAGAUCCUGUUUGGAUAACUGAAUGUAGACGAUCGAUUACCUGGAUUAAAAACAGAAUCAUUUAUUAUCAAUCUAAAGGCAUCAUAUCCAUGUCGUAGAUUUGCAGGUUUCUUUAAGGUGUCUUCAUCAGACCGACAUAAAAAAAAAAGAUCAGCUGAAGCUGCUUUUGCCUCAAUUUAAAAAAAACAUUUUCACUAUUUUUGAAACACGGGACCCGACUUUGACAUAUUUUACAGUCUUGAUGACUGACAGGCAGAAACGAUCUUUGAUGGUCUCCAGUAGAUUUCUGCAGCCUGCAGCAGUGAAACAGGCUGUGAGGGCUGCAACGUAAUGCCUCAUCAAUCAAAAGUGAGUCCACUAAAAGUUCAGUUUUUUUGUCCCUGACAGGUUCAGAUUGUUUUUCUGAGUGUCUGAGAACAUCACAGAAAUGGAAGAUGGCUUUACUCUCUUCAGAGACACCAGACUCUGUUCAUAACAUCAGUCCUUUAACCUCACAGAAAACAGGACUGAUGUGAUUCACUGCUGCCUCCAUCACUUAGUUUGUUUCUCUCUGUAAACUUGUCGGACACUUGAAAGCUGUUUUCACUCAAACACUCCUAAAAAAAUCUCUAGAGCCUUUUGGUCCUGAAGAUGUAUUUUCUAUAUCUAGUAAUACUUUUACAAUUCGGGCUGCACGAUAUUAGAAAGACUCAGAUUGCAAUAUCUUUUCUUCCUGCGAUAUUUGUUAGCAUUUAAAACAAGUCCUCUAUACGACGCUAUAAUGAGAAUAUUUUUCUUUAUAUCAAUGCUACGUGUAGUUGAACAGAAUCUCAAUCUGAACUAAUGAGUGGAGAAGAACAUCCUGGAGAACAGGAAACAUAAUGCAGCAGGUUCAUUAGAGCACGGAGAUCGUAGCGGUGGCGUGCAGACAGUCAUAGGAUAGAAACGUCACCACCCCCUCCCACUGGCUCCAGGUGAAUUCUCCUGAUAAUAUCCUGCUGCGUUCUCACAUCAGCUCACUCUGACUUUCUGCUGAAACGAUACUAGAGGUCUGUCAGGAGAAACUCCGGGUGAAGUCUAGGUGAAAAACUCAGCUGUUUGUGUUCACACAUGCAGCUCCUCCUGGAAAUAUCAGGAGUUUUUCAGGAGUUUUCUUCAAGUGUGAAAGCUCUAUGCGUAAAGAGAAUCGGACCAGAAUUUUUAAAAAAAAGCACAAUAUGUUCUCACAUUUUUCAAUAUUUCAAUAACGAAAGGAAGAGCUUAUAAACGUCAUCACCCACGCCCAAUUUUGUUGAAUAUUUUCUUCUGCUUUCUCACAUCAGCUCAUCUGACUUUUUUCUGAAUUGAAUGACGCUGAAAUUCAGGAAAACGGGCGAUGUAAAGUCGGGGGUGAAAACAUUACCGCGUGGGAACUGUUCAGGAGUUUAUGUGUUUGUGUGAGAAUGAGAAUCUGAUGCAGUCAGUGACAAUUAUAUGACACUUUUGGUGGACAGACGUUAUCUGUGGUAUUUGCCUCAAAGGAUUACUUUACAGUCUGUUUCACUGCUGCAGGCUGAAGGAUCUACUGGAACACAUUCUGUACCUGUUAGUCCUCAAGGUCGUCAAAUAUGUAAAAUAAGGGCUGUAGUUAACUGUAAAUCGCCUUUAAAGCUUGAAGACUUUUUUCUGUCUUUCUGUUUCACACCGCCCGUCUUUGGUCCGAUAGUCCUCACUGUCAUCACACACAUAUGUUCCCAUUUUUCUUAUUUUAAAGACUAAAAUGUUUUUCUUUAAAGGAGCGAUCAGUUUGAAGAUUUCAGGGUUGGCUUUUUGGCCGUCGCCAUCUUGGUUUUUCUGGAGCCAGAAGUGACCAUAUUUGGUCGACAGGGUGGGGCUUAGGAGAAGCGAGGAGAUUAGAAACUCAAAUAUCAAAGAGGAUGGUAAUUUUGGAUGGCAACAAAAAGGAUUCAACCUCAAUAUCAUUACAGAAAAUGUAUCACAAACACUUCAGAGUAUCUUUAGGUUGAAGUAUGGAUUCAGAUCUUGUGAGUUUGGCUCCUUUAAGAAAGAAAUCAGUGUUUUCAUGCCAAAUAUCAGCCCUGUGUGUGUGUGUGUGUGUGUGUGUGUGAAUUAAGUUAUUAACAGCAUAAAGACAGUUAUUAAAACAUCUCGAGGAAAUAUUAGAUUAAUCAUCUCGAUAGGAUUGAUGAACACAGAAGAGAAAUGAUGCCAGGAAAUAGAAAAAUGAGAAUAAAGUCUUCAUUUUGAUAGUGAAGUAAAAAUGUUGUGAUCGAAGUUUAAAGUAUAAACGUCGAGAAUGAAGACUUAAAGGCUUAAUAUGUGAUUUUUCACACUUAAAUAUAAUAUAAAUGAAGUAUAUCCUCUGAAAAUAACUCUGUGAGUCAUGACUGUCUACAAUGGGUGUAACACCCGAGUCCCACUGUCUGUGAUGUUUUCAGAGUUUUCAGAGUCCUAUCUUCACUUUGUUUACAUCGCCGGGACGGCCGGCUGACUCCUCCCCUCGCGUAUAAAAGUUGUUUAAUUGAGGGACUAGAGAAAAGAAGAAUAACAUACUGUACUCACUGCUUAACUGUGUUUCUAGAUCACGCUCAUUUCAGGUAAAUUUACAUGCAGUGUGAAGAUACGAGCAUAAUAAAGAUCGCUAGCAUUAGCAUGCUAACACAACAAUGCAGCGCGAGUUGUUUUGGUUUCAUGCUGGUGCUCAAGGGCGACAUCUGCUGGAUCAAAACAUCACAUAUAAAGCCUUUAAAGGUCCUGUGAGGAGUUUUUGUCAGGUUCUGAAACACACUGAAAUGACUACUGAUGCCUUUAUAUGACUUUAGAAAACCAAACGAACUCCAUCAGCGAGGAGAUUCAUUAUCUUUAAGUUAUCUGUAAAGACUGUAACGGCGCCGCGGGGUUCACGCUGCAAAAAAAACUUAAUUUAUAUUCUCCACAGCAAAUAUGAUGAGAUUAGAUAAACAGGUUGAGAUAUUUUGUGAAGAAAAAUGAACUUCAUACACAUGAACGGGUCAAGAUCGGUAAAGAGAUAUUAUCCACUUUGUCCACAGGGGGCGCCAAAAUCCACAAACUGAAAGUUCCUCAGUUAAAUGUUGGUGAUAAAUUCAAAGUGUAAAUUAUUUAGUCUCAAUUUUAAGAAGACAUAACAAGUAAAUCACAUUUUUAUAUUCUUCAAGUUUAACUUCAUUCUCAAUAUUUUAAUUUAUUCUUAAAAUCGCGACUUGAUUCUCAAAUUCACAUUUUUAGAAGAUUUGUCCUUUUUUUUUUCUUGCACCUUUUUUCCCGUUUACAGUUCUGAUGAAGUUUAUGAACUAAAAGACAACCAGGUUAUUAUUUCUUGACACUUUAUUGAUCUUGCCUGAGCUUCACCGUAGAUUGAUAGAGAUUUUGUAAAACAGAAACCUACAGACGAAUAACGACGCUGAUUGGUCGAGCCGUUUUUUUGUGUCAUUCGUCCGCAUGAGCACUUCAUCGCUGUGACAUUAAGUGCACGUGUCAUUCUGACUGUUGUUCGACGGUCUUUGUCGUUUUUGUUCGGUGUGAUUUGCUGGUAUCUGCGUCCGUGCUUCAUGAAUGAAUAUCAAUCUUCUUCGGUUCUGUUUUUUUUCUGUUUUGUCGAUUUUCAGAAGAAGAAGCCGUAAACAAAUGUUUGGCUCGCUGUGCCAAGAAAAAAAAAACCUUGAAAAGCUGCGAUGGUUUUUUUCUGAUUUGUAUAUUUUUGCCUCCAAAAGCAUGCUGGACAUUUCCUUUCUUCUAAGAGGUGCAGGGACCCUGUGUUGUUUUUUUUUUUUUUUAAAGUGAGUGUACAUAUUGAUUUCACAUUAUCUAUCAGUAUUGUUUUCAAUCCUUCAACUGAAAUGCUUUUGUAAACUGAAUGGAGCCUUUAUACAUGAAUCUGUAAAUGUCUUCAGUAUCAAAUGACGUAUUUUACCAUGAAUAUAUUUGUUGUGCUUCAAGAUUUUAUCCAAUAAAAACUCGUUUUUGACA